AAUCUGUCAAAUGUCAAUCGCCAAAGUCAUCAAAGGCUUCCAUUUUGUUUUUUAUCCGACUCGUGAAUUUACCGGGUUAUUUAACCAGAUUUGAAGUAAAUAUAAGAUAAACAAUGUCAGCGUCCCAGUUUUUCAACAGAAUUGGUCAGUUCGGCCUGGGGGUCGCCCUCGUCGGCGGCGUCGUAAAUUCGGCCUUAUACAACGUUGAUGGGGGCCACCGCGCCGUCAUUUUCGACCGCUUCACCGGGAUAAAAAAGGACGUCGUCGGUGAAGGCACCCACUUCUUCAUCCCCUGGGUGCAGCGCCCCGUCAUCUUCGACGUGCGCUCGCGCCCCCGCAACGUCCCCGUCAUGACCGGAAGCAAGGACCUCCAGAACGUCAACAUCACCCUCCGUAUCCUCUUCCGCCCCAUCCCCGACCAGCUACCCCGCAUUUACACCAUCCUAGGCCAAGACUACGAAGAACGCGUUCUGCCCUCAAUCACCACCGAAGUGCUCAAAGCCGUAGUCGCCCAGUUCGACGCCGGAGAACUCAUCACCCAGAGGGACCUCGUCUCGCAGAAGGUCAGCGACGACCUCACGGAAAGAGCCUCCCAGUUCGGCGUCAUCCUGGACGACAUCUCCAUCACGCAUCUCACGUUCGGUCGCGAGUUCACGCUGGCCGUGGAGCUGAAGCAGGUGGCGCAGCAGGAGGCGGAGAAGGCGAGGUUCCUGGUGGAGAAGGCCGAGCAGAAUAAGAAGGCUGCGGUGAUUACGGCCGAAGGAGACGCUCAGGCGGCGAAUUUGCUGGCGAAGGCGUUCGGGCAGGCUGGCGAGGGGCUGGUGGAGCUGAGGAGGAUCGAGGCAGCCGAGGAUAUAGCGUAUCAGUUGUCGAGGUCGAGGCAGGUUUCGUAUUUGCCGGGUGGACAGAAUCUUCUGCUGAAUGUGCCUACUCCACCUAAUCCGGCUCAGUAAAGAGGAGGGAGAUGUCUGAUGAGGAAAAAGGGUGCCUGUUUGAGGAGUCGGGUGUUUUCGGUGACUCUGGACUUUUUGGGGCACCGUGUAGAGGUUAUGUACUAAAUUUUUGUUCCAGUUGUGCUUAAGUGUAAGGACGGUACUGUUAUUGUUAAUACAUUUUAUAAAGUAAG